ACGAACGGCCAAGAUUGCGCGUGGCUGAGAGUUUCACCUGCGGAGCACCAUCUCUCGCCAACGGCGACGAUUGAUGCCCCCCUUCUUCCCCGUCCGUCUGGCCGGAUCACCGACCCAGCUCCGCUCCGCUGUUCAUCCCCACCUCCUCCUCGCCGUCGUCCCCUUCCCCUCCCCUCGUCUCCACUUCCCCCGCUCCCGCACCCUCCGGUCACAGCCAUGAACCCUACCAUGCCUCCGCCCCCUCCCCGAAACCCUAACCCCUCCUCCUCCAUGCCACCUCCGCCGCCCCCCAAACCCUUGCCGCCUGCCCCCUCGUCGCAGCCGGAGGCGGAGGACGCGCCGAGGCCUGACGUCUCGAUGGCCGAGGCGGACGGGAGCGCUAAACCGAGCCCCUCCUUCUCUAUGCCGCCUCCACCGCCACCAAGGCCCUCGCCGCAGCCGGAGGCGGAGGCAGCGUCGGAGCCUGAAUCGUCGGCCGACGGGACCGCUAAUCCCAGCCCUAGUGUCAGCGACUCGUCGGCAGGGGACCCCGGGGGGGACACCGAGAUGGCCGAGGCGGCGCCGCCAGAGCAGCGGCAGCAGCCGCGGCCGCGCGCACCAUACGCCAUCCCCGACUGGAGCGCCGGCCCGGAACACCCCUUCUUCCUCGAGGUGCUCAAGGAAGGCCUCAUCGUCGAAAAGCUUGACGUGUCUAAGAAAGGAGCUUACAUGUUUGGCCGAAUUGAUCUAUGCGAUUUCAUGCUGGAGCAUCCCACCAUUUCCCGUUUUCACGCAGUUCUGCAGUUUAGAAACGAUGGGCAGGUUUUCCUUUACGAUCUUGGAAGCACACAUGGUUCUUCCAUCAACAAAACUCAGAUCAAGAAGAAGAUGUACACACCGAUUCAUGUUGGAGAUGUAAUUCGAUUUGGGCAGUCAUCACGUCUGUACAUUUUCCAAGGACCAUCUGAGCUGAUGCCUCCAGAAAAAGAUAUGCAGAAACUCCGUGAUGCUAAGAUUCGGCAAAAUCUGCUUGAUCGUGAAGCUUCCCUUUUACGAGCGAAAACUCAAGCAGCUUUAGCAGAUGGGAUCUCAUGGGGUAUGUCUGAGGAUGCACCCGAAGAAGACGGGGAGGAUGAGGCAGAUGAGAUCACGUGGCAAACCUACAAAGGUCAGCUUACGGACAGACAGGAAAAGACACGCAGCAAAUUAAUAAAACGAAUGGAAAAGGUUGCCAACAUGAAGAAAGAGAUCGAUGCAAUACGAGUUAAGGACAUUUCUCAAGGUGGGUUAACCCAAGGUCAGCAAACACAGAUUGCACGAAAUGAGCAAAGGAUAUCUCAGAUCAUGGAGGAGCUAGAAAAUCUCGAAGAAACAUUAAAUGACAGUAUACAAGAAAGUCUUGGUGCACGUGCUGGAAAACCAAAACGUGGUAGUCAUAAAGCAAAUCUCGAGGAAGAAGAAGAUGUUAUUAGUGACGACGAUGAAUUUUUUGACCGGACAAAGAAGAAAUCAUCUAAUCCUCAAUCUAGUGGGCAGCAAUCAGUUGAGACCGCUGAUAGUCUUCUUGAUAAAAAGGAUUUCAUCAACAAUGAUAUUGAAGGUAAAAAGAAGUUGCUUGAAGAAGAGAAGAUUAAGCUGGCUCAGAGAGAUAGUGCAGAUCUUGGGGAUGACCUUGAUGCUUACAUGAGUGGAUUGUCAUCUCAAUUAGUACACGAUAAUAUUGCCAAAAUUCAAAAGGAGCUUUCUGAUCUUCAAGUUGAGCUGGACAAAGUAGUUUACCUACUAAAGGUAGCUGAUCCUAUGGGAGAAGCAGCUCGCAAGAGGGAUUUAAAGCCAAGAGAAGCAAACCCUCAAGCAUCUAAUGAUAAUCCUGGACCAGAAUCCAAAAAACAAGACAAAAUUUCCCAAGACAAAACCUCAACAGAGGAGAACUUGAAGGAUUCUUGUUCUACCAAAAUAGAAGUGGAUAAACCUGCUGAGGUAGAAACAGAUGUCCCCCAAAACCAAGAAGAUGCCAGCAAACCUGCAUUCACCAUGCCAAAACCUCAGUGGCUUGGCGACAAGAGAAUCGUAGAACCUGAAGAAAAUUGUAUAAAAGAAGGAAACACGAAUGCUGAGGAGCCUGAUGAUUUUGUGGACUACAAAGACCGGAAAACUAUUCUUUCUAAUUCAGCCAAUGAAAAGGAUAUUGAAGGGGCUGCUCCUGGGCUUAUCUUACGGAAGAGAAAGUCUGCCGAUCAGUCAGCUGGCGUUGAAGCAGAAUCGUCUUCGGUUGAAUCCGAAGCAUCAGCAGCUGAUGCUGUGGCCCUUCUGCUGAAGCACACACGCGGUUUACAACCUGCAGAAGACAUUGAGAACGAGAAUGAACCGCAGGCUAGCAAGAGAAAAGGAAAAAAGUCAAAACAAAAACGUGUACUGGGUCCUGCAAGACCAGAUUUUCUUGAAGCUGGUCCAGUUCAUGAAACAUGGGUGCCACCUCAAGGUCAAACUGGUGAUGGGCGCACUUCAUUGAAUGAUCGUUUGGGGUAUUGACAUUUUCUCAUCCUAGACUCCACCAGUUCCAUCACAAAGAGAAACACAGUAGUGAUCACCUGUGCUGCUGUAGUUGGAUCGUGAACAUGUGUUCAGAAUCAUCAGAUGGUAUCAAGCCUCUUGGGGUGGGUGCUUGCGGUAUACUGGGACGACACUGGAGCAGAGGCUGACUGACUUAGAUUGGCAAUGGUGGUUACUGGUCACUUGGUCAGAGCUUCAAAGGCACAUAGAUACAAUCUUUUGGUUGAGCUUUCAGGACUUAUGUUUGUCGUUAUUAAGAUUGUAGAAGAGAAUGUAUAUCACCCUGUCAAGGUUUCAGAAAUGGAUGUAUAUCAUCAUGUCUCAUUACGAGGUUUUGCAAGGUUUUGUUGCUUUUGUGGUA